AUGGCGAAGAUAACACAAUCUGAAAAAGACCAAGAACCCCAAGUUUCUCCCAGGAAAGUCAGGCCAAUACCAUCCAGGAAGAGUCUUCGCGCGGUCGCGAAACGACAAGAGGAAGAGAGACAGGCAAGGGAGACGGAUGAAUUAGACGUUAUGACGUUGGAAGAAGAUGAUCUGGGGAGUUCGAAGACACGUCGCUCACCUAGGAAACCACUUGCCAGAACGGCCAGGAACGGAAACGCGGCGAACGGCAAGAAUAGAGCCAGGCCCUCGACCAAACUCCUGAAUGUGGACGUGACUGGCGUUGCUGAAGAUGAGGAAUAUAAUUCAUUGGAUGAUGAAGAGGAGGGUGAUUUGGGUGUCGUCGGCCACGGCAGAGCUGGUUCUAGGAAACGACUAGAGAAAGACUACGACAGUGACGCGUUGGAUGACGACGAGAGUGAGCCACGGAAGACGAAACGCACUUCGACAAAGAGGAAGCGUGAUCUGAAAUCACCUUCGAAGAAGUCUCCCACCAAAAAACGACGGAGAAUCGAGAAGGAUGAAGAUGAGGACGAUGACGUUCUGGAGUUGAAGGAAGGACAAGAGGUCGUUGGUCUAGUAGUACAGGCGCCAAAAACUGGGCAAGUUCCUGCUGGUCAGAUAUCAAAGAACACCCUCGAUUUUUUGUCAAUGCUGGCUGAUCCUGCAUGCAAUGACCGUGAAUGGUAUGCCAUUUUGGAUCUAGAUUUACCUACAUAG